AUGUUUACUAACAUAUUUAGGAGAGCCAAACAAACCAAGUGCCAACCAACUUAGUAUUACAUUUCUGGAUUAUCAGGCAUGAAAUCAGUGAAUAGAAAUAAGCUAUAGGAAAUCCCAAGAAUGCAAAACUCAUUGAAUACUUCCAAGUAAAAUACAUUCAAAUCUUUGAACGGUUUUAAAUAGAUCAUAAAGAAUAGAAUAAAGUAGCUUGUCAUAAUUUAAACUUAAAUUUAAAACACAGGGGACUCAUCAACCAAUACAAUGAUCAAGGCAUAAAUAAACCUCCUCACCAGGAACAUUACAUUAUAAGAAAUGGAAUAUCACAGCUAAAAGCAAAGAAAUGUAGGCUAGCAAUGCUGA